AUGUCUAUGGAAGAAAGGAGUUCCAGAGUAUCUCUUCAACAUCAUGAAGGAUCCUACGAGAGUGUAACCACAAUGGUCAGAACGCCGCAGGGAACAUUGGAAGAAUUUGAAGUGAAAGUCGGCCUUUACCAAGGAUCAAGUCUGAGUCCACUCAUAUUCAUCAUAGUUAUUGCCGACGACUUGGUCAUUUCAGCGACGAGUGAAAAGAACUUGGAAGCACAGCUCAGGAAGUGGAAGAAGGCACUCGAGGGCCGAGGGCUAAAAAUGAACAUGAAGAAGACUGUUGUCAUGAGAAGCAGCAAAGGAGCAAAAAGAAAGAUAAACAUCAAAGUGGAGAGCAGCGCAAAGUACGAACAAGUUGAGGAGUUCAAGUAUCGCGGCAGCACGAUGGCAAGUGAAGGAGGAUGUGAGAGAGCAGUGAAAGAUCGUGUGAAGGCAGCGUGGGCCAAAUGGCGAGAGGUUUCUGUCAUGAUGUUCGACAAGAAUUUACCAGCCAAGAUGAAGCCGAAAAUCUACAAAACUGUGAUAAGACCUGUGUUAUUGUACAGAGCAGAAACUUGGACCUUAAGAAAGAGAGAGCCUGCUGCAGAGAACGGAAAUGAGAAUGCUGAGGUGGAUGUUGGGAAUCAGUCUAAGAGAGCAGAGAACAAACGAAGAGGUGUUAGCUGA